AUGGGUCAAGGUUACUCCCUCACCACCCUUUCAGCAGGGUCUGCGGGGAUCGAUGUCCCGGAGCUAUCAGAUUUACUGUAUGAGAAGUCCAUGGGUGGGGGCAGGUUCAUGAAAAGCAUCCGUGCCAGACAACAGAAUGGCCUGGUCUUCGUCAAGGUGAUCAUGAAACCAUACCCGACCAUGCCGCUGGAGCCAUAUGUGAAGGCAAUUAUUCGUGAACGUAAACUCUUAUCUGAUGUGCCAAAUGCAUUGAGUUAUGAAAGGAUCCUGGAGACAGGUCCCAGUGGAUAUCUUGUCCGUCAAUACAUACAUAGUUCUCUCUAUGAUCGAAUGAGUACUCGCCCAUUCCUUGAACAUAUUGAGAAGAAAUGGAUCGCAUUUCAGCUCCUGUGCUCUUUGCGUGACUGUCACGCAUUGGAUGUAUUCCAUGGUGACAUUAAAACAGAAAAUGUCCUGGUCACCUCAUGGAACUGGCUCUAUCUUUCUGACUUUUCCUCCUCAUUCAAGCCUACCUUCCUUCCAGAGGAUAAUCCAGCGGAUUUUUCUUUCUAUUUCGACACAUCUGGACGACGAACAUGCUACCUUGCUCCUGAAAGGUUUCUUGUAGCUGGGGAAGAGCCUGGAGACCGUCAUGUUAACUGGGCAAUGGACAUCUUCAGUGCCGGCUGUGUAAUUGCAGAACUCUUUCUCGAGUCACCGAUCUUUACGCUCAGUCAAAUGUAUAAGUAUCGGAAAGGUGAAUACAGCCCAGAGCAUAGCCAGUUGAACAAAAUUGAAGACCCCGAGAUUCGGGAGCUGAUCCAGCAUAUGAUCCAGCUGAACGCAGAGUCCAGAUAUUCUGCUGAACAAUAUCUCAAUUUCUGGAAGAAUAAGGCAUUCCCGGAAUACUUUUACAGCUUUCUUCACCAAUAUAUGUCCCUCAUGACUGAUCCAUCUUCGGGGAGGACAAAGGUGGAUGCAGAAUCAAGCAAUAGAGGCGAGACAGAUGACAGAAUAGAGCGAGUGUGCCUGGACUUUGACAAAAUCUCAUACUUCCUCGGUAGCUCCGUUCCAGGAACUCAAAUUAAAUCGAGUUCUGAAGCCUCCCGACUCACUGGGGAGAUUUUCCCUGUGAAGCUCGAUCUGCCAAGCGGUGAUCACCAAUCAACACAACCCCAGUUACAGACAGACGAGGGUUUUUUGAUAUUUCUCACCCUUGUGGUCUCCAAUCUGCGAACGACAGCCAAGGCUUCAGCUCGAAUCAAAGCCUGUGAUAUCCUUUUGGCAUUGGCAGAAAGAUUGUCGGACGAGGCAAAACUCGACCGCAUCCUCCCAUAUAUCAUGUUUCUCCUGGCUGACAGGACUGACUCUGUCAAGGUUGCAGCAAUCCGAACCUUGACUCAGCUACUGGAAAUGGUCCGAGUUGUUUCCCCAGUAAAUGCAUAUCUGUUCUCAGAGUAUAUUUUCCCGCGGCUUCAACACUUUAUUAUUUCUUCUAAGAGCAACCCCAGUGCCAUGGUCCGUGCGGCAUACGCCUCUUGCAUCGCUUCUCUGGCACAAUCUUCGCUGAGAUUUUUGGACAUGAUCCAGGCGUUGCGUUCUGAUACCCGCCUAGCAUCGCUGGUUCCAGUUGGCUUUGAGCCUCGAUGGGCAGAAGAAGCUACCUACCACAAUCUCUAUGAUGUGGCUCGGAUUGAUCUUUUAGAAUAUUUUGAGGUACACACCAAGGCACUUCUCACGGACACAGAUGCAUCAGUUCGCCGGGCGUUCUUGGGAUCUGUGUCCAGCCUCUGUGUGUUUUUCGGUAAUCUGAAGUCAAACGAAGUUGUUCUUAGUCAUCUGAAUACCUACUUGAACGAUCGAGAUUGGAUCUUGAAAUGCGCCUUCUUCGAAAGUGUGGUCGGCGUUGCUGCCUACGUUGGAAGCACUAGCUUGGAGCAAUAUCUUCUACCUCUGAUGAUCCAAUCCAUGACGGAACCCGAAGAGUUUGUCGUAGAAAAGGUGAUUCGCUCCCUCGCGGCGAUGGCUGAUCUGGGUCUGUUCCAACGCUCUACAAUAUGGGAUUUGUUCCACAUUACUAUUGGGUUUCUGGUUCACCCCAACAUCUGGAUCCGUGAGGCUACUGUGAAUCUGGUGGUCAAGUCAACCAAAUUCUUGUCUGUCGCGGAUAUCUACUCUAUUCUCACACCUCUCAUUCGGCCAUUUCUCAAAGUGGAAAUUGUCGGAUUUACUGAGGUGGAAAUUUAUGAUGCUCUCAAACGGCCCAUUUCAAGAAACAUUUUUGACAUGGCUUUUACCUGGGCUUCCAAAACUGACAAGGGCAUCUUCUGGAAAUCAGCGAGCCGAGAUGGAGCAUUUAGUCUGUCAGAGCCCGGGUCCCAAGCUUUCCGGGCAGCACGUCCAUUAUCCUUGAAUGCACAGCCAAAAAACGAAGAAGAUGACCAGUGGCUAUCCCGAUUGCGAAACCUCGGGAUGAGCUCAGAGGAUGAACCAAAGCUUAUAGCCCUGAAGGACUACAUUUGGAGAGUCUCCCUAAGGCAAAUGAGAGCUAGCGAUAUCGAACGACCUGUUUCUUUGAAUGAUAUCAUCAAUUUGACCCAGCAUGAUGUCGUUCCUCAGACUGUCUUCUUCGACAAAAAUCUCAACGAGAGGUCGCGCAAUGUCUCUCGAGACGGAAAUGAAAGUCCCAAGCCCGAAGAACAGAAACCCAGAACUAUUGCAGAUGCAUUGCUUGAUGCUUCGACGACAAUUGAACGCACGCCACCUUCUCAUUCCAGACACAUGCGAUCAAGAAGUCAACUCCACAAGGAGAUAGAAUUUCCACACCCUAGUCGCUUGGAUGCCGGAGCUACUUCUUCGGCUUCUUCUCCGCCACUAACAUCGGCCCCCGCUGCUGGCUCUGGAUAUAAAACAUUAUCUCCACCUGGAUCCGCCAUUCAUCCCCCUAGUCGCCGAUUGAGUAUAGGCCAAGAAAGCUCAUCUAUAACUCCCACAAAUACUGAUACGCUUUCCUUGCGGGACGCAUCCGAUAAAGUCCAACGGAAACCUAGCGCUAUUAGUCUUCUAAAUCGCAGCGAUACCGGGAAAUCACUCGCGGAGACGAGCACGAGUCCUGCAAAUGCAUUUGGCAAGGUUGAUGCACCUAUUCAGAGAGCAGGCAUACCCCAACACUCCGCUCUCUCACAGGCUUAUGAACAUAAACCGGUUCAGGAUGUUGCACGCCGCUAUCGUGCCAAUCAUUCAUACGCCGGUGAUGACCCUGUGGUCCUCCGGCUUUUGGACAAUGUGUUUGCAGAAAACUAUCCGACCGAUCUGUUUGAUCUGGGGCCUUAUGUCAAGGAGUUGGAUCCUCGGCAGCCAAUCCGUAAAGCUAAUAUGCAAGAUCCUAACAAAGUAUGGAGGCCCGAAGGGGAUCUGGUGACAACCUUUGGCGAGCACAGUGGGCCGGUAAAUCGCAUUGCAGUGCCUCCAGACCACUCCUUCUUUGUCACUGCAUCUGAUGAUAGCACAGUCAAGAUAUGGGAUACGACUCGCCUCGAGCGAAAUCUGACACCCCGAUCCCGUCAAACACAUCGACACGCAGCUGGAGCGCAUGUGAAGGCGUUGACUUUUGUUGAAAAUACCUAUACAUUCGUCAGUGGUGCCACUGAUGGCAGCAUCCACGCCGUUAGAGUUGACUACCAGAAAGUCAACGAGACUGCCAGGUACGGUAAACUUCAACUUGUCCGGGAGUACCAACUACCGACCGCGGAGGACGGGUCACCUGAGUACGCGGUUUGGAUUGAGCAUUUCCGCGACGAGGGCCAGUCAACUCUCCUCGUUGCUACAAACACCUGUCGUAUUUUGGCACUCGACAUGAAAACCAUGUUACCGGUCUUCACACUGGAGAACCCUGUACACCACGGCACCCCAACUACUUUCUGCUGCGACCGCAGGCACACUUGGCUGCUUGUUGGAACCACUCAUGGAAUUUUGGAUCUCUGGGAUCUCCGGUUCCGCGUGCGACUGAAGGCCUGGGGAAUCCCAGGCUGGGGAUCGAUUCACCGAAUUCAACUACACCCCGUGAAGCCCCGCGGACGCUGGGUUUGUGUAUCCAGCGGAGGAAGCCAUGGCAACGAAAUCACCGUGUGGGACAUAGAGAAGUUCCGCUGCCGGGAGGUGUAUCAGGCAACUCCCCUGGGUACAAAUGACGGCGCUCCUAAUGGUAAUAACCGCAGCUCGCGUGCUGCCAGCAACCGCCCGCACCGAACAACUCCAAAGGACUUCGAGGCAUGGCCUGUUGACGAGGACCGCCCAGAAGGCAUGCUCAGCCGUUUUGUCAAAGCCAAUUCAGCUGGAGAGGGUAUGCCGCCUCCCAUUGGAGAGCCCGGCUCGGCACCGCCUACAAAUACGCCGAUUGGUGACAGACUGGGAACAUGGGCAUUUGCUGUUGGUCUUAACAUACCUGACGACGAAAAGUCUAGUAGUAGUAGAUGUGGAUACAUCUUGUCAGCAAGCUGCGACCGAAAGAUUAGAUUCUGGGAUCUCGCGCGACCAGAGUUUUCAGGGAUUGUCAGCGGAAUGGAUGCCGUCUCGGAUGGAAAUACAGCCGUGAAGCCACGCUAUGAGAUAACUCAGCCUGGAGCCAAUCUACUGAUCCUGACGGAACACCUCCCAAAUACGCCUGGUACUAGCAAUGGAGGGAACCAGAGCUCUCGUAAGGGUGCAAGUCCCCGUCCACCACGCAGCACAGUCAUUAGUCUCCAGCAGCAGCAGCUUCUCAAGAGUCAUUUGGAUAUCAUUCAGGAUGUUGCAGUCUUGCGACAGCCGUACGGCAUGAUCGUGAGUGUUGAUCGGGCGGGGAUGGUCUACAUAUUUCGAUGA